AAACUUCCAUCCAUUCUUCUCAAGGAGAAACUCUCCACCAUCACAUAACAGCCAAACUUCCUCCACCCAUUCUCACUUGGAAUCUCUUCUACCCUCUCCACUCUCACAUCCAUUUCAUCCCCAUUAACCCAUCCUCCUGCCUCUAAAACUCAUCUCGUAUUCUGAACAAUUGCUGAACUCAAACCUACACUCACCACUUUCUUGCUAUGUGGGUUUACCACGCUGACAGAAGACUGAUCUUAAAGGGAUUUUGUAAAGGCCAUAGAUGAUUUUCAUGAGAAGCACUGUAUUGGAAAAGGAGGGUUUGGAAGAGUAUACAAGGCAGAGUUGCUAUCAGGUCAAGUUGUCGCAGUUAAGAGGCUUAACUUUGGAGAUUGAUUGCUGGAAUGUCGUUAGAGUCUGACGACAAGUUAAGCCUCUUAACUGCGACAACUAGACCUGAUAGCAACUCUACCCGUCCGUUUCGUCGACCUCCAGCGAGGAUCCACCCCAAUUCCUCUUUUCUUUGGAACACUAUUUGAUGACUGUUGCAUAUUCUUAGGGAGGGGGCUGGGUUUUGGGUCUGCGAGAGAAGAAGAGGGAGGAGCAGUCGGGAGUGGUUGUGGCGACUGGGAAGAGAUAAUGGGGUUGGAGGAGGGGAAUUUGGGAUUUUUUGGUUUUAAUAAUUAAAUUAAUUUUUUUAAAAGAUAAUUUUUAAUUUUUAAUUUUUUUUCUUCACACAUGGCACUUAGAUUAGUAAAAUAGUGACUCUUAUUGGUGUCACGUCAUAUUUUUAAUGAAAUUUUUAACAGACUCGACAGUAAGAAGGCAAAAUGAGACACAAAACAUCGACAAAAUGGGCAAGAAAUUGUAACCGCACGUUGAGGGGGAGAGAUUUUACAUCAAACACUGCACUGGACUGAAACUUGAGCCACUCUUCCUUCUCCAAAUUUCGAAAAUGAACAACUUUCUCACCGUCGUCUCUGCUUCUGUAGCUGUCGUCCUCGCCAUUAUAGCCUCUCUUCCUCUUCUCAAACCCAACCACCAGUUGUUAAGUUGGAGGUCUCCAAUGGCGGACUUGGUGGUGAAAAAUGCCAAGAUAUACACCAGUGAUGAGUCUCUCCCUUUCGCAGAUUCCAUGGCCGUCCGCAGCGGAAGGGUUCUGCGAGUGGGCAACUACUCCUCUAUUAAGGAUAUGGUUGGAGAUGGGACCAAGGAGUUAGAUCUUAUGGGAAAGAUUGUUAUCCCUGGAUUUAUUGAUUCCCACGUGCAUCUGAUUUCUGGUGGACUCCAGAUGGCGCGUGUGGAACUACGUGGCGUAAGUCAAAAAGAUGAAUUUGUGAGGCGGGUCAAAGAAGCAGUGAGAAAUGCAAAUCAAGGUUCCUGGAUUUUGGGUGGUGGAUGGAACAAUGAUCUUUGGGGAGGGGAAUUGCCGAUGGCCUCUUGGGUUGACGACAUGACACCUUACAAUCCUGUUUGGCUGUCGAGGAUGGAUGGCCAUAUGGGCUUGGCCAAUUCAGUUGCUCUCAAGUUGGCUGGGAUUACAACUUCAUCAGAAGAUCCAAAUGGUGGAACAAUUGUGAGAUUCACCAGCGGAGAACCUACUGGAUUGCUGAUUGAUUCUGCAAUGAAACUUCUCCUUCUAUCCAUUCCGGAGGUGUCAGUAGAGGAGCGAAGGGAAGCUUUGAGUAGAGCCAGCAAUCAUGCCUUGAUGAGGGGUGUGACCACAGUUGUUGAUGUUGGUAGAUACUUUCCUGGGACAUCGGUGAAGCUUUCCUGGGAAGAUUUUUCAGAUGUUUAUAAAUGGGCUGAUUCUUCAGGGAAGAUGAUGAUUAGGGUCUGCUUAUUUUUUCCAUUGGAGACUUGGUUACAGUUACAUAAUCUUAUUACCAAAGUUGGCCGUACCAUGAGCCAAUGGAUUUACUUGGGUGGUGUUAAAGCUUUUGCUGAUGGGUCGUUGGGUUCUAAUAGUGCACUGUUUUAUGAGCCAUAUGCUGAUGAGCCUCAUAAUUAUGGCUUACAAGUGAUAGAUAAUGAAAGUCUUCUCAACCUGACCUUGGCUUCAGAUAGAGUUGGGCUUCAGGUUGCUAUUCAUGCCAUAGGUGAUAGAGCAAAUGACUUGAUCCUUGACAUGUAUGAGUCAGUGUUUUCUACAAAUGGAGUGAGGGAUCGAAGAUUCAGGAUUGAGCAUGCCCAGCAUCUGGCACCUGGGACACCUGCCCGAUUUGGUAAACUAGAGAUUGUUGCUUCAGUACAGCCAGAGCACCUAUUAGAUGAUGCUGAGUCUGCAACAAAAAAACUUGGGAUAGAUAGGGCUCAGAAGGGAUCUUAUUUGUUCCGGUCUCUCUUGGCUAGCAAUGGACAAUUGGCAUUUGGUUCUGACUGGCCUGUGGCGGAUAUUCAUCCAUUAGGCGGCAUUAAGACAGCAAUGAAAAGGAUACCCCCUGGUUGGGAUAUUGCUUGGAUUCCCUCAGAGACCCUUUCAUUGAAUGAUGCAUUGAAGGCGUACACUAUUUCAGCUGCUCGUGCAUGCUUUCUUGACAGCGAUUUGGGGUCCCUGUCGCAGGGGAAACUAGCAGAUUUUGUCAUACUGCCCAGGGACUCAUGGGAUGAUGUCAUGGUUGAAAGAUCUGCAUCCAUUGAAGCUACAUAUGUUGGUGGUGUACAGGCCUAUCCCUGAAAGCCUAUAAUCUUGAAGAUAAUUUACACUUUCUACAGAAAACAUAGGCUUAAGAAAAGAGGGAAUGGCCCAACAUUUUAGGUUUAUAUAGUGAGCAGAAGUAGUAUGUAUAUGAUGUCCUUUUUAAAGCACUCUAGAAGAUCAUGUAGUCUAUAUGAGGGAUCAAAGGUUUGUAUGAUUUGUACGAUAUAACACAUUGAGCUAGGAAACGUUUCAGAUUCUGCUUGAAAAUCCA